AUGGAAUUUAAAAUUGAAAUUAAGGAAGAGUUUGAUGAAUAUAACCAAAAAGAUAUAGAGAGUCAGCUAUCCACAUCAGUAUAUCUGGAUCACUUCAAAAAUGAACCAGAAGAUAACUCAGGUUUUUCUCCGAGCAGAAUGGAAUUCGUGAAAACUGAACUUACAUGUACUACAGAACAACAAAGGGCAAAUACUGAAAAAACAACGUUAAAAAAUUCUAUUUUUGAAUGUAAAAUUUGUUGUAAACAGUUUAAACCGGGCGGCUUCCUUGAAACGCCAUAUAAAAUCGCACACUGGAGAAAAGCCUUACAAUUGCGAAAUUUGUUUUACCAAGUUUAUUACCAGAACUCAUUUGAAACGACAUAUUAUGAGAUUGCAUACUGCAGAAAAACCUUAUAAGUGCGAAAUUUGUUUUAAGCAGUUUGCUCAAAAAUGCGAUUUGAAAAGCCAUUUAAGUGUGCACUCCGGAGAAAAGCCUUACAAGUGUGAAAUUUGUUUUAAGUGCUAUUUUCUAGCAAAGCAUUUGAGAAAACAUAUAAAAAUACACGCUGGAGAAAAGCCUUACAAGUGCGAAAUUUGUUUUAAGCAGUUUACUCACGCAUACGAUUUAAGAAGUCAUUUGAAUGUACAUACUGGAGAAAAGCCUUACAAGUGCGGAAGUUGUCUUAAGGAAUUUGCUCGAAAAUCAGAUUUGAAAAGGCAUAUGAGUUUGCACACUGGAGAAAAGCCUUACAAGUGCGAAAUUUGUUUUAAGCAGUUCACUCACGCAUAUGGUUUGAAUAGUCAUUUGAAUGUACACUCUGGAGAAAAUCUUUACAAAUGUGAAAUUUGUUUUAAGCAGUUUACUCGAAAAUACGAUUUAAAAAGGCAUGUGGGUCUGCACUCUGGGGAAAAGCCUUACCAGUGCGAAAUUUGUUCUACCAAGUUUACUACAGCAACUGGUUUGAAACGGCAUAUGAUACUGCACGCUGGAGAAAAACCUUACAAGUGCGACAUUUGUUUUAAACAGUUUACUAGAGCAUGCUAUUUGAAACGACAUACAAGAUUGCACACUGGAGAAAGGUAG